AAAACAUGUAAUGGCGACAAGAAGUCACAGAAAGCAAAUGAGACUUUAAAAUUAUUUUCUUUAGAUCAGAACAUAUUCUUGUUUAGCCUUAAAAGCCUCCUGCCCGUUCAACAGUGCCAAACACUUGGCAAAUGGUAUAUGACUUACAAUACAAGGGAACUCCUUUGUCGUCUAUCUGUCCUUUCAUAGGUUUCCUGUUGGAAAAACAAUCCCUCAUCUUUACACUUAAAACGCGUACAAAUUUAGUUUUGUCUUGCCCUGGUUCGUAGGGGAAGUAAAAUUUAAGGAAAUGGGGGGAUCGAUAGCUCGACUUGCCAAGAGGCUGGGGUUCCUGCCUCAGUGUAGACUAAGGGUUCUCAUGGUGGGUCUGGAUGGUUCUGGCAAAACAACCAUUCUUUACAAGCUAAAGCUGGGAGACCUGCUUAAAACUAAGCCCACUAUUGGUUUUAAUGUAGAGAGCAUACAGUACAGAAACAUAUGCUUCGAUGUAUGGGAUAUUGGAGGAGAAAGCAAGAUUCGGCCAUUGUGGAAACAUUACUUCCUUGACGUCCAGGCAUUAAUCUUUGUGGUGGACAGCAGCGAUAGAGAAAGAAUUUCAGAAGCUCGGAAAGAGCUCCACUGGGCAUUAGCCGAUGUCAAAUGAGCUAGCCAAUGCAGCAGUGUUAGUGCUGGCCAAUAAGCAAGACCUGCCCGACGCCAUGUCUUCCUAUGAGAUUGCUGAUAAACUAGGUUUACACUGUCUUGGUCAGCGACCC